AUGUCUACCGCAAUUUACGCUUCGUCGUCGCAGUGGAGCAACAGUAUACCAUUAGAGGCUCAGGACAACCUUUGGCGCGGUCCUCAAGCAUCGUCAUCGACUCUCACAAUCAAGCCAGCAUCAGCGGCCGUACGUAGGAUCAGGAGAAAGCCUGUACCCAUCAUCCCAUCCGACCUUCUGCACUCCCACUCCUCCUCGAGCAGUGCAGUAGCAAAUCUAGCUACAUCAACAUCCGUUCCCGAGUCGAACUCGCCCAACUCUGCCGCGUAUGCGGACAUCACUCCGACGCAAGAGUCGGGCCCUAGUGUGCCGUCCGCACAGCGACCACAACGACAAUACCUCCUCGAUAUUGACGCUCCUUGUUCCUCUCAGGGGGCCAGCAACAACGCAGACGACUCGGUCAAGCAGCUUCUCCGCUCUGCCACCAUCUCUGCCUCUUCGUCAUCUUCACGACCGAAAAAGGGGCCACUAAAAUGGAUGCACGACAAAGAGGAGCACAGUACGACCUCCUCGUCGCUCGCCGUGUCGCCCCGUCAACCAACACUCAGCCGCAAAACCAGCAUCUCGGCGCAUCUCAAGUUGUCUCUGCGUCGCAACAAGUCCGACGAGCCACCGUGUUCGGAGCUUUCUAUCUCCGGGCCCACCAACUUUGUCCACGUCAGCACGGGCACCGAAGGGGCUCACGCUGCGGUGAAAAGUCCAUCCCUCCGACGUUCGUCGACUGUCUCUGCCCGCUCUUCGCCUCGCUCCUCUGCUUCGUCCGCUCUGAGUGGCAUGUUUGAGACCGCAGACUCCAAGUGGGUGCAGCAAGACGACGACAAGCCUUUGUAUACAGCAUCGGGCGCGACGCAGCCUUUGCGACCGCUCAAGUCGAUAAGACGUCCUUCCAAGCUUUCGCUCAACAAGCCUGAGCCUUUGUUGGACAUUGCUCCUGGACCGACGAGUCCCAAGGACAAGAGAAAGGCUAUCUACGCAGCGCCUGGAUCUGUGCCGGUGAUACUCGAGCCGGUCGACGCCGCAGCGCGGACGGAGGCUACGUCGUCGAAGCUGAGUCCAAUUGUGUCUCCCAUCACGUCGGAAGCUGGCGAGCACUUUGCGGCUUCGUUGGGACGCACUAUUGUCCGUGCCCGUGUUCACUCUUCGGAUGGCGGCGAACUCUCGCCUGAGCCAGAGCUCAGUAGAAGUCCAAGCUCCGGAUACGAGUCGUCGGCUUGCACCAGCAACAGAUCGAGUCUGGGCUCGUUGCACGAGUUCUCUUCGUUCCUCGAGUUCCCUGAUUUGCUGCCACUCUCGCGACGCAGCUCGGACAAGGGGCGUGUCGAGGACGAUAUCUGGUCUGGUUCUGCGUUGGUUGUUCCCUUGGCCUCGAACAGGUCUUGA